AUGUUCACUUUCAUUUACUUCGGCUUCACAUUGUUCUUAUCUCUGCCUUUGCUUUCUUCCGCGGCUCCUCUACGCCACCGAAGGUCGAAAAUGCUCAAUCGCCGUACAACAUACACUCUCAGUGACACAUACGAAGGGGACAGUUUCUUCGACACUUGGGAUUUCUUCACAGAUACGGACCCUACGGAAGGAUACGUGGCCUACCAGUCGAGAGAAAAUGCCACCGCCAUGGGACUUGCCAAGGUGGAAAACGGCGUCGCGAUCAUCGCCGUUGAUUCUACCUCUACCUUGCCGUCUGGUACCAAUCGUGCCUCCGUACGUAUCAGUACACAGAAAACGUAUAACGGAGGUCUUUUCAUUUACGAUGUACCAUUUAUGCCCGUGGGGUGUGGGACAUGGCCCGCUAUCUGGUCGACUAGUACAGGGACCUGGCCUAAUGAUGGAGAAAUUGACAUGAUCGAAGGGGUUCAUGAAUCCACGGAAAACCAGAUUACGAUGCACACCAAUGCUGGUUGCACUCUUGCUACCGGCCAAGCUAUUACUGGUACUGUAUCUGGUACGACGUGUGAAAGCAGUGACUCUAACAACAAUGGUUGUGCGACCAUGGACACUACCCCAAGUGGUUGGGGCACGGCAUUCAACGCAGCAGGUGGAGGAGUUUUCGCUAAGCUUUGGGACGAUACAGGUGUCAAAAUUUGGCAUUUCUCUCGAGGCAACAUACCUGCAGAUAUCACGUCGAAGAACCCGGAUCCAUCUACAUGGGGUAACCCCGUCUCGUUCUUGCCCAGCGGCGAUUCGUGUAACGUUGCAGAGCAUUUCAAGGAUCACUCGUUGAUAAUCAAUAUUACGCUUUGCGGUCAAUGGGCAGGUGCUACCUUCAGCUGUGGAGGAACGUGCCAGAGUGCAGUGAUGGAUCCGUCUAACUUUGUCGAUGCCCAAUGGAAAGUUAAUUCAAUUUUGGUGUAUCAACCAUCUUGA